AUGUCGGACAGGUGGUCCGGGAGGAUCGACCCCAAAACUAAGAAAGCCCGUCGCUUCAGGAGCCCGGAUCUCAGCCCGCCCCAGUACUACUGUGAGAUACAAGGAGAGGAAGAUCUCUCGUCACCAUGGCAUCAUUUGUGUAUACCUACACGGUCAACUCAACCGACUCACCUGGCUGCAGCAGAUGGAGGCCCUUGCUUCCCGGAGGACAGUCCUCUGUCAUAUGGCAGCCGUCUCGGGCCAGAUGAGAUCCGCCUGGCUUUACUUUAUCCUGGGCAACCGGACGAUGACAUCUUCCUGAGCACUGAAGUAGUCCCCACCGAGACUGCGAUCAAUAAUUAUUGCGCACUGUCCUAUGUCUGCGGAGAUCAAAGCGACAAGGUGCCGAUUUGGGUUGACAAUCACACAUUUCAGGUGACACGAAAUCUUAGAUCGGCAUUGUACGAUGUCCGCAACACUCUACACGGAGAAAAAGUCCUCUGGAUGUGGAUCGAUGCCAUUUCAAUCAAUCAGCAUGACGUUGUUGAACGAAGCGCUCAGGUACAGAAGAUGAAGCAGAUUUUCGAGGAAGCGAUGGUUGUUGUUGCCUACAUAGGACCUGACCAUGGUGCAGGCGUCGCUUGUUUGAGGAAUUCGGAGAGCUGUAACUUGGGAAUUCAUUCACUCAAAUCCGCUGACGUCGCCAUCCAUCGGAGCUGGCUGCGCAGGCUAUCCGAGAAGCGUAAAUCGACGGGUGCAAGACUUCACGCACUGCUGAACGGUGAUUUGACUCUUGAGCAGCAACGAGCUUAUGCUGUGGACAUCGACAUAUCGACCCGCUAUGGCGAUCCGGGCGUCGAAGACCAUUUCAAUGAGAGAACGUGGGGAGAAUGUGGAGAAGCCGGAGACGAUACCGCUGAGGAGACGUGGACAGAGGAUGGAGAGAAGAGACGUUGGUGCGAAGCGAAGUCGUCCGGUCUCAAGUCCGCCCCGAUCACUCGGGCUAUCGACGAAGCUACGACUGCGUCACUCGCUGCGGCUGGCGUCACCAGCUUACAUCGUGCCGAUGACAUGGAAGCUUUGUUUAGUAUUCCGCCUGAGCAGCAAAUCGAACCCGAAGCUGCAAGAAAAAGCAGUGCGAUCAUCAAGGCGGUCGAGCAGCUCUUUGCGAUCAUCAAGGCGGGCUUCCAGCUCGUCGCGAGAAUAAAGGCGCAGGAAGAGCUCAGCACGGUGGAGCGAAGUCAACGACAUGUGCAGACGUAUAUCGAGAAUGUCAGAGUGCUGUUCGACGUGGUGGACAACCAGUACUGGCGGCGCGCCUGGACAAUGCCGGAGUAUACCUCGACUACCCUCAGAAUUUUGCUGUCGGGAUCCGAAUGGAUGCAGCUGGAGGACCUGCAUGAUGCUUUAAGCAUGCAGAAGGCCGUUAUGAGCCACUAUAGUGCCAUUUCUGAUGCCUCGGACUUGGGCGUCGUAGCUACCCAGGUCUUUCAGCAUGAUAUCGUGGGGGCACAAAAUAAAUUGGCCCUCGGCGCACUGAGAAGGAAACUACUAGUGGAUGACGGCGGCAGUGCUCUUGCACAGUUCACGCUUCUUGAUUUGCUUCUACGAUAUCGUAGAUUGGAAGCAAGCGACCCACGAGACAAGGUAUUCAUUCCGCUCAAUCUCUUGCCGCGGCCAUUGCGGUAUGGCGAAGUGAUAGACGUCGACUACAGUCUAUCAGUCAAAGACGUCUACGUUCAGACUGCGCUUCGCGUUCUUGGAAGCACUCCUGACUGGCCGCUCAGUAUUCUCGAGCUGUGUAGGUUCGACCAGCAGAGGAAGCUGCCUUCGUGGGUACCAGACUGGAGCAUCACUCACGUCCGGAGCUUCUUCAUAUUGGGGCCCUACGGGUCUAUCCCACGAAGAGUCGAUGCGGCGUCUGGUCUGUUCCCGCCCAGCGAUACAGUACCAACCAAGUAUAUACCAGAAUGCGAUGGCCUCCAGUUGUGCGCCAUCAAGGUAGGUCGUGUGUGCCAAGUCUGGCCUUCGCACACCACCGCCUCGAGGCUCGAGUUUUACCGGUCCUCGAUAGGUUUACGUGCUGCGGAAGACACUGCCCUCGUCGAAGAGGUGUACCCCUUCACGGGAGAAACGGUUGUGCAGGCCAUGAGAUCAAUGCUUGCGACGAUACGGGGCGUAGAUUCAGAUGUGCUGCCGUCGGACAGACAAGGCUUAGACACAACUCACCAUGAAGUAGGCAGGGAGACCCCACUUGCUGCAGAUGAUAGCGGCAUUGCACUCGCCGAGCUCGUCACAGGAAGUGACGAGCAGCUUCAUCACCGCGUGAAGCGCGACGAUGUGAGUCACCAGAAAGAGCAUUGGCCGAGGGAUCAGCAGCACUCAGAAGAGAAUCCCCUGACGCUGGUGCGCAGCGAUCAAUGGCAAAGCAGGGGGCGGGAUCCAGGAAUUCUGUUAUACCGACGUCUCGCUCGUGUCGAGUUUGAAGGCCGCAGUGAAUUCAUCGCCGGGGUACUUCCCGCUGAAGCUGAGGUCGGUGACGAGAUGUGGGCGAUUCGUGGUGGGAACAUGUUCUACACGUUGAGACAGAUCCGGGAUGUAGAUACGAAGGCAGACUAUGGCGAGCGUAAGGACGCUAUUAGUGACGACAUUGAUGUUGUUGACAAGGACUCGGGUAAAGCUGGACGCUGUCUUAUUGGCGAAGCUUGGCUGCAUGGCCUCAUGCAUGGGGAGCUGAAAGACUACUGCAACCGACAAGGAAUCUUUCUGCCAUCGGAAGAGGAGAUAAUUCUAUACUGA